AAUCCAAGAACAAGAAGGGCAGAAGGGAAGAGUGGUGUUGGUGGCCAUGGAUCUCUUUGUUCAAGAUGACAGGGCUUCCUUCUUCCAGUUCCUGUAUGGUGGCUAUAACACUAAUUACAUGAAAAUCCCACCUAAGUUUGUUAGGAAAUACAACCUAUCAGAAGAAAUCAGGUCUAGUGGUAACAUAGCAGUGCUGAAGGGUUCUUCUGGUGAACUCUGGAACAUUACUUCGUGCAAGAAAGGGAAAGGAUUGUUUCUUAUGGAUGGUUGGGAGAAGUUUCUAGAGGACAACUCUUUGAGUGGAAGUGAAUUCUUGGUGUUCACAUAUGAUGGGAAUAUGCAUUUUGAUGUUCAGAUUUUCGACAGAAGUGGAUUGGAGAGAUUCUCUGCCAUUUCCUUGAGUAAAAGGCCUAGGGGAAGACCAAGAGUGUUUCCUCAGAAAAUUAAAGGGGGAAAAGAGGUUGAGAAGGAGAUUAGGAUAGAAGAAUUGGACCUAACUGCCAACACAAGUAAGGCUAAAACAAAAUCAGCAGAUAAGAGAAGCAAAGGGAAAGAGAAACUUGAGGAAAAAGUUGGGAAUUUUACUUCCAAUUUUCCAUUUUUCAAAAGCUGCCUCCCUGAGUCUAGUGUGAAGAAGGCGUUUCUAUUGGCUAUUCCAAGAUGGUUUGCGAAAGCACAUCUUCCUCAAUGCACAACAUUUAUCACCUUGAGGACAAGUGAUGGAAAAUCUUGGCAAGUAAAGAGUGUGUUUUGGAAGAACGCUGCCAUCACUCUAUCCAAAGGAUGGUCUAAUUUUGUGCUUGACAACAAGCUGCAGAAAAAUGAUGUCUGCAUCUUUGUGCUUGUAGCCCCCAAAGAGCUUCUAGUCCAUUUUUUUGACAACCAUAGAAAAUUAAAGUAGCCAUCAAGAUGGAGAUUGAGACUUUAAGUUAGAGUUUUUAAGUUUGAAUAUGAGGAAGGAUUGGUGCUUAGUAGCUCCUGCAUACUGAUCUUUUCAUGACUUUGUUUUUGAUGAUGCUGGAUAGCACAGUAUGUUAAGUUUUUAGUUUUUUCUUUUCGUAUGGGUUGUACUAAAAUCUCUUAAUUUCC